UCCAGCAGCACCAAAAGGGCCGAAAUCCCUCUAUAAAUAGCGAAGGACUAGCGAGGAGAAGAGAGCGUGGAAGGGGGUUGAAAUCUUUGGUCCCUCUCUCUCUCCUCUCUCUCUCUCUCUUAAGUUUGAGAUCUAGGUCGCUAUCUCCUUCUUCAAGUUCAGAAAUGGCCUCUGAGGACACGUUCCUUUUCACCUCUGAAUCUGUCAACGAGGGCCACCCCGACAAGCUCUGCGACCAGGUCUCCGAUGCCGUCCUCGAUGCCUGCCUUGCCCAGGACCCCGACAGCAAGGUCGCGUGCGAGACCUGCACCAAGACCAACAUGGUCAUGGUGUUUGGUGAGAUCACCACCAAGGCUGAAAUCGACUACGAGAAGAUCGUCCGAGACACUUGCCGUAACAUCGGCUUUGUCUCCGACGACGUCGGGCUCGACGCUGACCGCUGCAAGGUCUUGGUGAACAUUGAACAGCAAUCCCCCGACAUUGCUCAAGGUGUCCACGGUCACUUCACCAAGCGCCCUGAGGAGAUUGGUGCUGGUGACCAGGGGCACAUGUUUGGAUACGCCACUGACGAAACCCCUGAAUUCAUGCCCCUUAGCCACGUCCUUGCUACCAAACUUGGUGCUCGCCUGACUGAGGUCCGCAAAAAUGGUACCUGUGCAUGGUUGAGGCCCGACGGCAAGACCCAGGUGACCGUUGAGUACCGCAAUGACAACGGUGCCAUGGUCCCCCUCCGUGUCCACACCGUGCUCAUCUCCACCCAGCAUGAUGAGACUGUCACCAACGAUGAAAUCGCCGCUGAUCUCAAGGAGCACGUCAUCAAGCCCGUGAUCCCAGCCCAAUACCUCGAUGAGAAGACCAUCUUCCACUUGAACCCAUCUGGUCGCUUCGUGAUCGGUGGACCUCAUGGUGAUGCUGGUCUCACUGGUCGCAAGAUCAUCAUUGAUACCUAUGGUGGAUGGGGCGCCCACGGUGGUGGAGCUUUCUCCGGAAAGGACCCAACCAAGGUUGAUCGCAGCGGUGCCUACAUCGUGAGGCGCGUUCAGGUUUCUUAUGCCAUUGGUGUGCCUGAGCCCCUCUCUGUGUUCGUCGACAGCUACGGCACUGGUAGGAUCCCCGACAAGGAGAUCUUGAAGAUUGUGAAGGAGAACUUUGAUUUCAGGCCUGGGAUGAUGACCAUUAACCUUGAUCUCAAGAGAGGAGGCAAUGACAGGUUCCUUAAGACCGCAGCUUAUGGACAUUUUGGAAGGGAUGACCCCGACUUCACCUGGGAGAUUGUUAAGCCCCUCAAAUGGGAGAAGCCAGCUGCUUAAGAACUAAAAGCUACGUAUCUUUUAUAUAUAGAUUGGUUAUGUCUAUAUCUAUAUAUAUUUUCUCAAAGGGGGCCAUAGGGUUACUAAAUUGUUUCCCAGCUUGCUGAAGGCUGGAGCUAUCCUAAUUGUCAAAUUUGGUGUCGCUUAUGUUUUGUGUCUCAUUGUCAUUGUUAUGUUUGUUUUGGUUUUUGAUUUCACAAAAAAAUUGGUGUCUCCUCAAUUGCGAGGAUAUUGUUUGGGGAAUGUUUAUUGUUAGGAGUAAUUAUGUAAUGAAUGAUUCAGCAUUGUCAAUUACGAAAGAUUUAAAAAAAAUUUCUUUCAA